CCUCGAAACCUACUCGCCGCGGAUACGUUGACUUGGAAGGUAACGUCAGGAAACAAACAGAGUUCUGACGUUGUGACCUGCGCCACAUUGCCUCGGCAGAGAUGCACUUUUCUCAAGACGCCCUCACUCAAAUGGAUUAAGAGGAGUGUGGUUCCCCCUGGCUGAAGAGACACGUGUCCAGCAGCAUCUUUCCACCCAGGACCCACUGUGUUGCUACUGCGCCCAUGAGGUAACGUCCGGACCUACCGCCCCCUCAUUACCACCCUUGGUCCAUCCAUCUCCCUCCCCUCUGUCCCUUCCUGCCCUGGACCUACCCAGCCAUGGGCCAGAAGAUCUCAGCCAGUAUUAAGUCAGUGGAUGUAAGAGGGGAGCCCUCGUAUCAUCCGGUGCGCCGCGAGCUGCGGGGCCCAGAUUUCUGUCGGCCCCCCAGGCUGGACUUGCUGCUGGACAUGCCGGCAGCCAGUCCUGAGACUCAGCUUCGCCACGCCUGGAACCCCGAUGACCGGUCCCUCAAUGUCUUUGUAAAGGAGGACGACAAGCUGACGUUCCACCGACACCCAGUAGCACAGAGCACAGACUGUAUCCGAGGCAGGGUGGGCUACACCAGGGGCCUCCAUGUUUGGAGGAUUCACUGGCCGGCCAGACAGAGAGGCACCCAUGCUGUCGUGGGCGUGGCCACCGCUGAAGCACCUUUACACUCAGUGGGCUACAUGGCCCUGGUGGGCUCGGACUCUGAGUCCUGGGGCUGGGACCUGGGUCGGAACAGACUCUACCACGAUGGAAAGAACCGGCCCGUGUCCACGUCGGCGCCCACGUACCCCUGUUUCCUGGAGCCAGACGAGUCUUUUGUGCUUCCAGACUCUCUGACAGUAAUACUAGAUAUGGAUGAAGGGACGCUGAGCUUCAUGGUGGACGGACAGUAUCUGGGAGUCGCUUUCAGAGGGCUAAAGGGCAAGAGACUGUAUCCCAUCGUCAGUGCUGUGUGGGGACACUGCGAGGUUUCUAUUCGCUACGUCAACGGACUAGAUCCGGAGCCCCUGCCGCUCAUGGACCUGUGCAGACGAGUAGCUCGACUGGCCCUGGGCAGAGAGCGCAUCCAUCACAUCGACACACUGCCACUGCCACAGACUCUCAAGAACUACCUCCAGUACCAGUGACCGCACACACACACAUUCGCACGCACAUACACACACACAGAUAUGGGAAGAAGCUGAAGCCCACUUGUUCUUAUUGUAACCAGCCUCCAAACUGAACUUAAUCAUAACCAUCAGACAUCUGCUGAGGAUGGUGGACUACGACAUCGACCACGAAAGGUGGUGAAGACGCCGCUGCGAGGGUUUUUUGUUUACACCAGUUGGGGAUUUCCCAUUUUGGAUGUUUUUUUUUUUUUAUCUGGUUUUCAGCUUUUUGUUUGUUUGUUUUCCUUUUUGUUGCUGACUGCUGUUUCUCUCCUGGGCAGAUGACCGAAAUGAAAAGUGUGAGAGAUUAAAAGAGAAUAUUGCAAUCCAGUUUCCUGCUAAUCAUAUAUACACAUAUAUAUAUAUAUAUAUAUGUAUAUAUGUGUGUGUGUAUACAUGUCCUCUGUCAGAAAUGCCUUCAAUGCUGUGGGUUUUUGGCGACAGUUUACCCAACACACUCUGUGGAAGCUUCCUCGGAAACAUGUUGGUAUGUAUAUUUAUAUUCCCAGCAACACAGCAGGCUCUGUGGAGACACAACAAUCCCUUCAAGCCACAGGAGAGAGAGGGUGAGAGACAGAGAGAAAGAGAGAGCAAGCACGAGAGAGAGAGAGGGAGAAAGUCGACACACAGAUCUGUUUUUGUUAGUGUGUACACAGUGUAGUACACAUGGACUACAUGUGUACAGUGAAUGUGUGACUGUAUAGAAACAAAGCCCACACUGUUUGUACUAAAAAGACAAGUCACUGACAAAUGCGCA